UUUUGCUUGGUAAGAUGUCGGAAGCCAAAGUUGAAGAGAGAGUUUGUGAGGACAGGAUUAGUGAGUUACCAGAUGAUUUGAUCGUGGCGAUAUUGAGCCUUAUCCCUACAAAAGACGCAGUGGCCACCAUGUUUAUGUCAAAAAGGUGGCUCUCUAUUUGGACGAUAGUACCUAUACUUGAUUACAAAGAUGAGAAAGAAGGCAGAAAUAGCGUUUGGUCGUUUCUACACAAGUCGCUGCAAUACCACAAGGCACCUCUAGUGGACACCUUAGCUGUGCUACUCGGUUCACAAUGUCCUACCGAUGUUGAUGUCGGAAAGUGCGUUGCAAACGUUGUUGAUCGUCGCGUACGUGAGAUAAUUUUCGAGCUUGUAUGGUCCGCAGAUCCAACGAGAUUGCCCAACAGCCUUUACUCAUGUGAAUCUCUCAGGGAACUUUCUCUCUCCCACAAGAUUCUUGUGGAUUUCCCUUAUUCUUCUUGUCUUCCAUCCCUAAAAAAACUCGAGCUUUCCUCUGUGGUGUAUAAAGACGACGAUUCUCUCCGUAGGUUUCUAUCGAUUAGCUGCCCUGCUCUCAAGGCUUUGUUUGUGACACGAAAAAAGGAUGACAAUUUGAAAACGUUGACCGUGAAAGUUCCUUCCUUAUGGUGCUUAUUAUAUCACAAUUGCUUUAUGAACAAUGAUGUUGAAGAAGAAGACAAUGGUAGGUGCUUAGUUAUUGAUACUCCGGCAUUGGAAGAAUUCCACGUCAUGGAUACUUCGAGAGACUACUGCUCGACCAAUCAUAUGCCUUGUCUUAAGGGUGCAUAUCUCAGUUCUAACUCUUGCCCUGGUGAAAAACUUUUAAGAUCUUUUUCUUCUGUCUUGUCUCUUGAGUUGUGCUUGAAUCAUGAAACGCUUGUCUGUUGUAGCACCGUCAACUUUUCUCGACUUGUAAAGUUAAUAAUAGACCCAGAGGAUUCAGAUUGGUUGGAACCACUUAUGCUUUUACUUGGAAAUGCUCCGAAACUAAGAAAUCUUACCGUUGAUGAUGCAUACAGAGAUCGAUACGAGGAUGUUCUACUUACAUGGAACCAACCCAACUAUGUUCCCGGAUGCUUGUCCUCAACACUCGAAAUAUUUGAGUGGAUAGAAUAUGAAGAUGGAGAAGAAGAGGAAGAAUUCUUGACAUACAUUCUAGCUCACUCUAAGCAUUUAACGACCGCGACAAUCUCUCUUAGACCCAGCUACGAUCUUCAAGAGCAAGGUUUGAUCAUCGAGGAGUUGAAAGAUAUUCCUAGGGUUUCAACAUCAUCUCAGCUUUUGUUCCGAUGAAAAAAAAAAAAAAACUCUCAUCAUAUGAGGAAGAUCAGGAGUGCAAACUUAAAUUGUCUUGGUUUA